GAGAUGUGACGGCAGGUAUCUGUGUUCCAGGUACUAUGCUGCGUUGAAGACCAUGGAGCAGCUGGAGAAGGUGUACAUCCCUCGGGUCAGCCGCUACCGUUUCUGUCAGAUCAUGGCUGAGAACCUGCCCAAGCUCAGAGAGGACAUUAAGGACAUCUCCAUGUCCGACCUCAAGGACUUCCUGGAGAGCAUCAGGAAACACUCGGACAAGAUCGGAGAGACCGCCAUGAAACAGGCUCAGCAGCACAGGACGUUUAACAGUGUGGUUCAGAAGCAUGACAGUGGUAUGGGCUACACCAGGCCAGUCUACUCUCUGAACGGCCGGACGCCAACGCAGCACAACGGCCUAGCGGCGGAGGAGGGAGUACACCAACCAGAGGAGGAGGGAGUGGAGGAGGACCAAUCAGAGGAGGAGGUAUUAACAGCCCAGGACCUGGUGGACUUCUCUCCUGUUUACAGAUGUCUCCACAUCUACACCGUUCUGGUAUGUACACUCUUUACUGUUCCUUAACGUGCCAUCCAAACGGCUCCCUGAUAUAGGACCUUUAGUAACCUGCUAUAUUUGUGUUUACCACUAGAUGGCAGUAUUGACUCAAGACGGGGGUUUGCUUCCUGCUAUCCGUAGCUAUUUCCUGUGUCUGCCUAUAUUACUGUGAUUAAGAAAGAUUCAGGUAGCUUAUUAAGCCAGGUGCAUUGGAGAAUGUUAUUCUACGUUACAAUUAAAUACUAAACCGUACUUAAGUGUGAGUCAAAUCAAAUCAAAUCAAAUUUCAUUUGUCACAUACACAUGGUUAGCAGAUGUUAAUGCAAGUGUAGCGAAAUGCUUGUGCUUCUAGUUCCGACAAUGCAGUAAUAACCAACAAGUAAUCUAACUAACAAUUCCAAAACUACUGUC